AUGGACAAUCAUGAUCAAUGUGAUGUUUCUCUUGAUGCCAUGUUGCUAGUGAGUGGUCAACUUUACCUUGCAGUGUUAAAUGCUGCCAUUGAGCUCGACCUCUUCAAGAUCAUCGGUGAGGGAAACCCUAAGGGCAUGUCACCCUCUGAAAUUGCUUCCAAGCUUCCAAAUGCACAUGCUGACACCGUUCGCCGCCUUGAUCGGUUGCUGUGUUUGCUUGCAAGUCAUUCUGUUUUGACUUGUUCUUCCAGGAAGGUUGAUGAAGAUGGUAGAAUUGAGAGGCUUUAUGAUCUAUCUCCUACUGAUAAAUACAUGUUCCCUGAUGAGGAUGGAGUCUCUUAUGCUUCAGUCUCCAGAUUAAGCUACCAUCCAGCUUAUAUAAAAGUUCGGUAA